GCCUUUUCUUCAUGUUCCGAGAUCUGGCGGACCUCUCUCAGUGGAUCGUUGAACCACCCCGCAGCAGCACCAUGGCCACCUGGCGCUCCAAAAACCUGCUCUCUGUCGUGACUCUGGGACCGAUCGGACUCGGUGCUGUCUUCAAGGUCGUUUAUCCAUGGGUUUGUUCGUGGCCAACAUUUCUGGCGAUCACUGGCUGGACUGGUCUUCUAUUCUUUUCCUCAGCCAUCAAUCCGCACAUCAUGAUGCGCGCCAGGAACAAAGCAAAAGGUUCUGAGGGUGCAGUCUUUGUCUCUCAGCAGGAGGCCUUGAGCAUGCUUCCAGCUGGAGCCGAGGAGACGUGCAUCAUCUUGGAGGUGAAUGGCAGGGCAGUGGCAUACCCGGAUACUCAGGUUCUUCGUCCACAUGUGGCCAAUGGUGGGGAUGCUGGAGAGGACAUUGUCUUGACAUAUUGUGGUCUUUCCAACCUGGGCAUUGCUUAUACACCAUCGCUUGGUGGGAAACCUUUGGAUCUCCACCCCAUGACGCAGCUGGAAAACAACUUAGUGAUGUAUGACAAGAAUAGCAUGGAGCCCGUACAGCAGCUUUGGGGAACAACGGAGAAUCGCAUGGAGUGCAACUGUGGUCUCAGCAAGGUGGAGCGCAUGCAGGAAUGGCCUACUUACCGGAUGACGCUGGGAAACUUCUGCAAGGCUUGGCCUGGCUCCAAGGUCUUUGUCAACGACUACUCCAUGAAAGGUAUGAAACCAAAAUUUUUGGAGAAUCCCAUACAAUUCGUCUACGAUGGCAUCUAAGUCUCAAGUGUGGAAAGAUCCAACCGCCACCACCUGAGAACUGAUAUUGUUCAGUGCUUCAAUACAACGAGAGGAAACAAUUUGUACAAAGUGGGAUAUUCAUAGCCAAUCUGCAUCACGCUAUGGGUUGACCCUCCUUCAGCACUGGAGUUUGGGAAUGGUUCAAACUUGCCAAUUGAUUGGUCCGAGUCAUGGCCGAAGCUGGCUGUGCUUUAGGUAUGAUGGACAUGAUUUUUUCGACCUCUAUCGUGUAUCAGAACACCAACGAGAAGCCCGUCUUCCCAACGCUGAAGACCUCUGACCACCGUGUGCCCAGCAAGGAAAAGGUCUUCGUGGUGCCUCUGAAUGGCGAUGAUGUCGCAUACACUGCAGGAUUUCUUUAGGAGCAGAAGAUCAUCAAUACGCGCAUUGGAGGACACGAGGUGGUGGUGGCGUACUUUCCUGAGUUUGCCUCAAUUGGGGCAUUUUACAACAACACUGGGCGAGAGGUGAAGCAGCUUGAUUUCUACGGCCAGCUGAAAAGCGGGAAACAGCUCACACGUGUGGAGACGCUGAAAGCUGGCGUUUUCUGGUGCGUUUGGGUCAACUGGUUCCCCAAGACCGAUCUGAAUCGCAUUGGAUAAAGAAGAUAAAGGUUGGUCGUUUGCAUUGAUGUGAAUUGUGGCCUUUUAAUUUUCAAACGAUCGGUAUGCGAUCACCUGAUCAGAAUGUAUUUAUUGCCUUGGCCUUCGCACACAAGCUGCAAGGACAGGUUGGCUUGAGACCUGAAGAAGGGACGGGUGCGUUUUGUUCCUGUGCCGUUUCCUUUUGUUCCCAGUAUUAGCUCUAUUUGUGUUAAAGUCACUUGAGUUAUUAAUAUACUUGCUGGAACCCGUUGUGGACUCUGUGUGCUUCGCAAGUUUGACAAAGCUACUUUACGAGACUGUGGAUGGUCAGACGAUUCCCCAACGAUAUGGAAGCUCAGAGGCUUCUGGUAAAGGGGAGGUGA